AUGCCCUCCACGGAGAAGGACCUGGCCGAGGACGCGCCGUGGAAGAAGAUCCAGCAGAAUACUUUUACGCGCUGGAUCAACGAGCACCUGAAAUGCGUGAACAAGCGGGUGGCGGACCUGCAGCUCGACCUGGGGGAUGGCUUGAGGCUGGUGGCCCUGCUGGAGGUGCUGAGCCAGAAGAAGAUGUACCGCAAGUACCACGCACGGCCCACCUUCAGGCAGAUGAAGCUGGAGAACGUGUCCGUGGCCCUGGAGUUCCUGGAGCGAGAGAACAUCAAACUGGUGUCUAUAGACUCAAAGGCGAUCGUGGACGGGAACCUGAAGCUGAUCCUGGGUCUGGUCUGGACCUUGAUCCUGCAUUACUCCAUCUCGAUGCCCGUGUGGGAGGGAGAGGAGGAGGAGUCUGAGUCCAAGACCCCAAAGCAGCGUCUUCUGGGCUGGAUCCAGAACAAAUUGCCCGAUCUUCCCAUCACCAACUUCAGACAGGACUGGAGAGACGGAAAGGCCCUGGGAGCUCUGGUGGACAGCUGCGCUCCAGGCCUGUGUCCGGACUGGGAGACCUGGGAUUCGAAGCCCGUGGACAACGCGACAGAGGCCAUGCAGCUGGCCGACGACUGGCUCGGCAUCCCCCAGGUGAUCGCACCGGAGGAAAUCAUCGACCCGAGCGCAGACGAACAGUCCGUCAUGACGUAUCUGUCCCAGUUUCCAAAAGCCAAACUCAAACCUGGAGCUCCUCUCAAACCCAAACUCAACCCCAAGAAGGCCCGAGCGUACGGCCCAGGUAUCGAGCCGACAGGGAACAGAGUGCUGCGUCCGGCGGUCUUCACUGUGGACACGUUCAGUGCAGGUCAGGGAAAUGUGACCGUUUAUCUCGACCAACCAGACGGCACCAGGGAAGAGCUGAAGCCAGAGCUGAACGAAGGGAAGAGAACCUACUCGGUCACAUACAUCCCUCAGGUCACGGGUAACCACAAGGUGACGGUGCUCUUCGCUGGGCAGCAGAUCCCGAAGAGUCCCUUUGAGGUGGACGUGGACAAGUCUCUGGGCGACGCCUCCAAAGUGACGGUGAAGGGAGCGGGGGUCGAGCCAGUGGGGAACAUCGCCAACAGAGCCACGUACUUCGACAUCUACACCGCAGGAGCAGGCACUGGGGACGUGACGGUGAUGGUGCGAGAUCCUUUGGGCAAACAGAACAGUGUGGAACUGAUGAUGGAGGACAGAGGGGACUGUGUUUACCGCUGCACCUACAAACCCACGCAGGCCGGACCGCACAGCCUCACCGUCACCUUCGGGGGAGUCCCUGUGCCUCGCAGCCCCUUCAACGUCGACAUCGCUCCAGCGUGUGUUCCUGGAGCCUGCAGAGCGAGCGGUCGGGGGCUGCAGCCUUCAGGCCUCAGAGUGAAUCAAACUGGAGACAUUAAAGUCGACACGAGAAACGGAGGCAGCGGAGAAAUCAAAAUCACCAUCAAGGGACCGAAGGGUGUGGAGGAGCCGGUGAAGCUGCUCUCCCAUCAGGAUGGAGUGUACUAUUAUGAAUAUCACCCAAAAACCACUGGAAAACACACCAUCACCAUCACGUGGGGAGGACAGCACAUACCCAAGAGUCCAUUCGAGGUCACUGUGGGUCCGGAGGCCGGUCCUCAGCAGAUCCGAGCCUACGGUCCAGGUCUGGAGGGGGGAGUCGUGGGCAAACCGGCUGCUUUUGUGGUGGAGUCCAUCGGCACAGACGUGGGGGUCCUGGGCUUUGCCAUCGAGGGCCCGUCGCAGGCUAAGAUCGAGUGUGAGGACCAGAACGACGGCUCCUGUGACGUCCGGUACUGGCCCACGGAGCCUGGAGAGUACGCGGUGCAUGUGACCUGUGACGAGGAGGACAUCGAGCUCAGUCCGUUCAUGGCACACAUCACUCCAGACGACCUCGGCAGCAACGCAGAAAAGGUCCAGGCGUAUGGUCCUGGUUUGGAGAAGUCUGGCUGUCUGAUAAAUAAACUGGCUGAAUUCACUAUAAAUGCUAAAGAUGCAGGAAAAGGACCACUGAAAAUUACAGCUCAGGAUGGCAAGGGCAAACCUGUGGAUGUGAAGGUCGUGUCUAAAGGAGACGGCCUGUACUCCUGCUCCUACACUCCGUCUGCAGCCCUCAAACACACCGUCUGUGUGUCGUGGGCUGGAGUGAGCGUCCCCAACAGCCCCUUCAGGGUGACCGUGGGCAAAGGCAGCCACCCCAGCAACGUGCGCGUCUUUGGUCCCGGAGUGGAGCGCUCUGGACUCAAGGCCAACGAGCCCACGCACUUCACUGUGGACUGCUCCGGAGCCGGGGACGGAGACGUGAGCGUGGGGAUUAAGUGUGACGCAAACAUGGUGGGAGACAAAGAAGCAGACGUGGAUUUCGACAUCAUCCCCAACGCCAACGAUACUUUCACGGUGAAAUAUGUCCCCCCUGCGGCCGGACGCCUCACUGUCAAAGUCCUGUUUACAGAUAAGGAAGUGCCUCAGAGCCCGUUCAUGGUCAAAGUGGAUCCUUCUCAUGAUUCAUCGCGGGUCAAAGCUGAAGGCCCAGGACUCUCUCGAACAGGUGUGGAGAGCGGGAAGCCCACCCACUUCACUGUAGUGACUAAAGGCGCAGGGAAAGCUCCUCUGGACGUCUCCUUCUCGGCUCCGGUCAAAGACUUUGAGAUCAUCGACAACUACGACUACUCCCAGACCGUCAAGUACACCCCAGACAGCCAGGGGGAGAUGUCUGUGGAUGUGAAGUUUGGAGGAGACCCCAUCUCCAGAAGCCCCUUCACGGUGGGCGUGGCCGCUCCCCUGGACCUGAACCGAGUCUCCGUGGACAACCUCGGCGGACGAGUGGAGGUGGGGCAGGAGCAGCAGUUCACCAUCGACACUAAAGGUGCAGGCGGACAGGGUCAACUGGAGGUGGCGCUGCUGAGUCCCAGUCAGAAGGCGUUGCAGUGCCGGUUGGAGCCAGUGUCUGCGGACGUCCAGAGAGCGCGCUUCACUCCCACAGAAGAGGGUCUCUACUCUGUGAACGUGUCCUACGACGGACAGCCCAUCCCAGGCAGCCCCUUCCCCAUGGAGGCCCAGCUGCCCCCAGAUCCCAGCAAGGUGAAGGCGUCCGGUCCCGGCCUGAAGGGGGGGCUGGUGGGCUCUCCGGCUCAAUUCUCCAUUGACACGAACGCGGCAGGGACCGGAGCUCUGGGUCUGACCGUGGAGGGUCCGACCGAGGCCAACAUCGAGUGCUCCGACAACGGGGACGGCACCUGCUCCGUCUCCUACCUUCCCACGGAGCCCGGCGAGUACCUGGUCAACAUCCUGUUUGAGGGCGUGCACGUGCCGGGGUCGCCCUUCACCGCGCACGUGAACAGACCCUUCGACCCAUCCAAGGUCCAGGCCUCAGGAUCCGGACUCAAGAGGGGCAAGGUGGGAGAGGUGAGUGUGGUGCACGUGGACUGCUCCAAAGCUGGACCAGGUCAGCUCACCCUGGAGGCCGAACCAGACUCUUCCUCUGCCGCAAAAGGAGCAGGUAAAUUGAAGACCGAGGUGGUGGAUAAUCUGGACGGGACGUACACGGUCACGUAUGUCCCGCUCACGGCCGGACUCUACACUCUGAUGCUGAAGUACGGCGGGCAGACGGUCCCGGGGUUUCCUGCCGAAGUCUCUGUCGACCCAGCGGUGGACACUUCCAAGAUCAAAGCAUUCGGUCCCGGAGUGGACGGGACAGCGGUGUUCAGAGAGGCCACCACUUCCUUCACUGUGGAUGCGAAGCCCGUGACUCGUCGAGGAGGCGACCAUGUGACCGCUGAGGUGCGAAACCCGUCCGGAGCUCAGACCGAGACCGUCGUCACUGACAACAAGGACGGCACCUACAGCGUGGAGUACACUCCGUUUGAGAACGGCGUUCACAGUGUGGACGUGCAGUUUGACGACACUCCGGUCCCCAGCAGCCCCUUCAGGGUCUCUGUGUGUGAGGGCUGUGACUCCAGUCGGGUCCUGGCUUCUGGACCUGGUCUGGAGCAGGGUCUGACCGAUCAGAACAACCACUUCAACAUCGUCACCAGAGGCGCAGGUAUCGGGGGUCUGGGCAUCACAGUGGAGGGUCCGUCUGAGUCCAAAAUGUCCUGCAAAGACAACAAAGAUGGCAGCUGCAGCGUGGACUACACCCCCUUCAGUCCAGGAGUCUAUGACGUGAACAUCACCUACGGAGGAGAGCACAUCCCGGGAAGUCCAUUCAAAGUCCCGGUGAAGGACGUGGUCGACCCGAGUAAAGUGAAGGUGGCCGGGCCGGGCGUGGGCUCAGGUGUGCGGGCCGGUAUCCCACAAUCCUUCACUGUGGACUCCAGGAGGGCGGGAGAGGCCAAGCUGGCUGUGAGUGUGAAGGGGCCUAAAGGAGUGACGGAGGACGUGGAGGUGGCAGAGAACCAGGACGGCACCCACACAGUCUCCUACAUACCCUCCGUCGAAGGCCUCUACUCUGUGGGCGUCAAGUACAACCAGCAGGACGCCCCCCGCAGCCCGUUUAAGGUGCGUGUUUUGCCGACCCACGAUGCCAGUAAAGUGCGAGUGAGCGGUCCAGGUUUGACCAGCGGGAUCCCGGCUAGUUUCCCCGUGGAGUUCGACAUCGACGCCCGGGACGCUGGCGAGGGGCAGCUCACUGUGCUCAUCAAGGAUCAAGAUGGGCGAUCGAAGCCGGCCAGUAUCCAUGACAACGGCGACGGCACAUACCGGGUUUCGUACACCCCCGACCGGGCGGGACGCUACACCAUCUCUGUGAGCUACGGAGGAGACGCCGUCCCCGGCUCCCCUCACCGCGUCAGGGCCACAGCCUCCGGAGACGCCAGCCGCUGCACCGUCACAGGCUCCGGUGUGGGCCCCACGGUGGCCAUCGGGGAGGAGCUGGGUCUGUCUGUGAACGCGGCCGGAGCGGGUAAGGGGAAGGUGAGCUGUGUGGUGGUGCAGCCCGACGGCACCGAGGUGGAGGCGGAAGUCGUGGAAAACCCAGACGGGACGUUCGACAUCUUCUACACCGCACCUGCCCCCGGGAACUACGUCAUCUACGUUCGCUUCGGAGGAGAGAACAUCCCACACAGCCCCUUCAAAGUCAUGGCGACUGAGGUGGUUCCUGUGAUGAGCCAGCAGACCUCUGCUCAGGCUCCGCCCCCUGGAGUCGGCUUUCAGCCCUGGGUGACGUCAGACGGCUUCGACCCGACGAGGAGCAGCGUGAACGGCAGCGGGUUCAGGCCGUUCGACAUGGUCAUCCCCUUCUCCUUCAAAAUGGGAGAGAUCACAGGAGAGGUGCUGAUGCCGUCCGGUAAAAGCGCCCAGCCCCUGAUCUCUGACAACUUGGACGGGACGGUCACGGUGCAGUACUCCCCGACUGAGGCAGGGCUCCACGAGAUGCACAUCAAGUACAACGGGACACACAUACCAGAGUCCCCUCUUCAGUUCUACGUGAACCACGGCAGCUCUCCCUCGGUCACAGCCUACGGCCCCGGACUGAGCUACGGCGUGGCCAACAAACCGGCCAACUUCACCGUCUACACCGAGGACGCGUCUGAAGGAGGCCUGGACUUGGCGAUCGAGGGCCCGUCCAAAGCAGAGAUCAGCUGUGUGGAUAACAAAGAUGGGACCUGCAGUGUGAGCUACCUGCCCACUCUGCCCGGAGACUACAACAUCCUGGUCAAGUACAAUGAGCAGCACAUCGCGGGCAGCCCCUUCACCGCCCGCAUCAUCGAGGACAGUCAGCGGCGCUCGCAGGUGAAGCUGGGCUCGGCUGCAGACUUCUCUUUGGACAUCAAUGAAACGGACCUGAGCGUUCUGUCGGCCAGCAUCAAGUCUCCGUCAGGACGAGACGAGCCGUGUCUGCUCAAGAGGAUGCCCAACAACCACAUCGGUAACUCCCCCGGCGUCCUCCAGGCCUUCGCCGCUAACCGACACAGUCCAACCGCAGUGAGCUGUCGUUGGUUGAAGGACAACUUGGUCAGGAGCGCCCUGCCACAGGCUGCGCAGGCGACUGGGUCCUGA